AUGAGCACAACAGAUGGUGAUUUGAAAAAAAAAAAUCUUUGGGAUAGCCCCCAUGUGAGUGUAAGUAAAGGCCAUGCAAAUCGUAACACAUUUAGCAAUAAUAAUGAUAAUAAUAUGAAUAAGAAGAAUGAAAAAUCAAAUCUGUUACACAAUGAAUACAAGGAGACAGUCCAAUUUGAGAACUUUCCAAAUGGAAACAAUAAUGUGAGUAUAUAUUAUGAUAAUGAGGAGGACAUAAUUGACAGUAUAAUGAACGACGAUGAUGACAUUUUUGGUAUUAGAGAAAAUACUUUCUCGAAUAAAAAUUUAAAAACAGUUAAUUUGAGUGACAUGAAAAGAGCAAGGGAAAACGGAAUUCAGGACGAUAGGAAUUCAAAUGUUAAUGAAAAUUUUAAUAGUACGACGUCAUAUAAUGAUCAUAUGGAGAAUAAUAAGACGAAUAAUUCCUUUAACUUUUCAACACUUGAAAAUGUAAAUAAUCAAAUGAGAAAUGUAGAAACAAGUGUAUCUUUGCCAUUUUUUUAUAAUCAAAAUGUUAACGGGAAUAGAAACAGUAGUAUUUACCAUCAGAAGGAUUUCUUCGAAAAGGAAUUUAAUAAUACUGGUGAAGUAACAGAAAUGAACUCACAAAAUGUCCCAAGUGGGAAAAUGAACAUAAUAGAUUUAAAUGACAAUACAAAUGUGGAUGGUAUAGGAUUUGACAUGGGCAUGAAUAACAGCCGUGACAUGGACGAUGACGGUAAUGGAAACAACUCCUCUUUCGAUAUUUUUCCCUUUUUUAAAAGUAUGAACAGUAUUCGAUCGAAAGUGUUGCAUUACUACAAUGUAGAUAACGAUGUGAUAAUAUAUAGAUUAAUGUGCGCUCUUAUCCCGUAUCUGAAAGUUGACAAAAGGUACGAUUCUAUGAGGAGCUUUGAUGAUAUUGAAAAGAACGUUAAUGAAUUAAGUGUCAGUAAGAGCUAUAAGGAAAAUGAAUCUGCACUCGAAAGCGAAAUAGAUGAUGAAAAUGCAAAUAUAAGAAAAAUAAGCAAUGUGAAUGAUGCUUUUGAUUAUUAUGAUAACAAAUUGAGUAUAGAAAAAAAUCCAGAUAUAUAUGGAUUUGUUUGGUUGAAUAUUUUUAUAUCCUUCACCUUUUUUUUUAUUUUUAAUUUGAAAAAUUUGUUUUUUAGUGACUCACCAUUAUCAUCUGGUGAUGAUAAUAUUUCAUUAUCAGAUAGCACUUUAAGGAGUGAAGAAAUAAAUAAGAAAAUAUACAUUUCCGAAAAUAAAUUAAACAUUCUUAACAACACGUUAAUUUUUUUAUACCUACAUAAUAUUCUUACCCCUUUAGUAAUAUACGUAACAAAUUAUUUUGUUAUGAAAAAGAUAUGCCCAGUUAAAUUAUCAUUUCUUAUUUCAUUAAUGAGUUAUAAUAAUGUUAUUUUAUUCCCUAUAAUUUUGAUAUACAAGUUUACAUUAAUACACACAACCAUAUCAUUUAUUUGCUUUCUAUUAAACCUAUUACGUUUUUUCAUCUUUGUCUAUUAUAUUGUGUCAUCAUUAUUUUAUAUUCAUAAAUAUACCAUUCGCUCUUUUAGUAAUAAUUUUUCUGAUAACGUCAUUUAUUUGAAUUAUAGCAUUUUUCUUUUUUCUUACGUUUUUUUCUAUCUUCUCUUAUACAGUUACGUAUUCAAUUAUUUGUGA